AUGCCAUCAUCCUCAGACACAGGAGUUUCGGACACCUUGGAUCCUAUGGCGAUGGUGUCAGAUGACAAGAUUCCAUCAGAGCGAGAGGUCUACACAUCAGACACCACCAACACUGAGGACGAUGAUUUCCAGCCGUUCGCGCUGCCUGACGUCGGAGUCGAGCCUACUGAUGGCCUUCCUGCCAGGGAUUUACCACUUGCGGUGAUCCCUGCUCCUAUACCGCUUGCUGCUUUUCCAGUCGUAGACAUGCCACUCGAUGUCGUUUCUGACGACGACAUUGAUCUAUUCGAGGGGGAUCCACCUGAGGCCCCAGUCGAGGAGCUUCCUGUUGGUUCACCUGUCCCAGAUUCCUUCGAGUCUGUGGCAUCUGCGUCUUUACACAUUCAGGGAGUGCAGCAUCACUCAUCUAACGCCGAUCCCGACAUGGCGUUAUCAGCUGCACCUGCUCCUUCACAUGAGUUCGAGUUUGACCACGAGGUUGAUGAUGAUUUUGAUCCUGUCUUUCCCCCUGACUUCGAUCCUGACCAGGAGAUCGAGUUCAUUCACUUGGACCAGCCCCUAGAGGCGCCUGUAGCUCCUAUUGAGCCUUUAUUUGAUGUCCCUGCUGAUUUUGACAUGGAUCUUGUUGAUCCGGAGCCGUUCAUGGCUCCUGAGCCUAUUAUUGCCCCUGAUCCUGCACUAGAGCAUGACCCUGUUCAUGAUGAUGCACCAGCUUUUGUACCACCCAUUACUGACCCACCAGUUGUUGCUCCAUCGUUGGUGGAUGAUCCUGUUGUUGAUGCACCGUUACCUGAUCCCGUGCCGGUAUUGAUUGACCGUGCACCUUUUGCUGCUCAUAUAGAUCCACGAUAUGCCAACACCCAAAACGGGUGGAUCGAUGACGAUGACGAUUACCCACCGUAUAUGCUGCUUGUCACUCCCCCAGCAGCACCCGUGUCUGCACCCACUGAUAUCCCAUUGUUUCCCCUACACACCACAGACGCACAUCGCACUGAUCUUCCCAUUACAUUCCUUCAGGACAUACCGCCACCGCGUCCUGGAAAGGGGUCAUCGAGGCAGCCGCCUGUUUCUGCUCCACCCAUGUUGUCAUCACCUUUUCCAUUCACAUCCCAGUUUCCUCAUGUUACACCACCUACUGCACCAUCUUUCAUUCCAUCGAGCGAGCCAUUUUUAUGGACUACGUCCCCUAUCAUGCCAUUGUCUGAUCCGUACCACCCAUACCAUGUUGGAUAUUCUACGGAGGGCAUACUUACAUCUUUUGAUGAUACAGUAGGAGGCAUUGACACGUCGUAUACAGGAGUUGGAGAGAGCUCCACGACCACCUUGCCAUUGUCAGACCCCCUUUGCAGCACCACACACUCCACGUCCACUUUCCCUUGA